CGAUCAUCUAGUUUUCGUGAUGUCUCUCAAAGAUCGUUCUUUUCCAGUGAGCCCUGGAACGGCUCUGUCUGUUUUCUGUUUGUUUCUUUACUCCGCUGGAUUCAUUCGAAUCGAGACAAAGUUCAAUGACUAUGAACGGAGGUUGAGGACUGUGGAGGAAUUCAUGCCUCAAGAUAAAAUGGAACAGGCAAGGACAGAUUUACAUUCGGCUGAACAAGGUGAAGUCAAAAACUGUCUGUAAUUUAUGUUCAUGGUUGUCUUGAUUGUUGCGAGACAUGCUUCUUCAAACUAAUUUAUAUAAGAUGACUUUAAGUUGCAAAUUACUUAAACCCUGUACAGACUUAAAUCUUCUUGAUCGAAUGUACUAGCGAGGUCAUAGUCACGUUUCAUCGCCUCUCCCCUUUCCGUCGAAAACUCCUGGAUGCGCCACUUUUGUUUCUUUCCAUUUAAUCGAACUAAUAUCUUGUAGUUUCAUUUUUCUACCUGCUGACAGACAUUCUAUCAUUGUCGAAUCAUCGCUCAGAAUGCGAGCCAAAUAAAGAACGACAGGCAAAGCUUCUCAUUAUUUCGACUUUUCCUGGCGUUGUUAUCUUUGACUACGAAUGUUGAAUUCAUAGCAAAGUGGACUAACCGGACUUCGCUGACAGCUUGACCUUGCAUGUAUUUUAACUGAAACUAUCUUCGACUCGCCUACGAGAACUUGUUUAAUGAUUCGUCGAGAACAAUCCGCAAAAAUUGAAACUCGCAAAAUGUUCGUAUUACACGUUAGCCAGACAUGAUGGUAAUGGAGAGUAUUUAUUAUGUAUUCGAAGAAAACACCGACAGUCAAACAAGCCGCUUUCAUUAUUCCUCGGCUUCCCAAUAUUUUAAAUUUGAAAUGGCCAUUUCAAAUGGUUAGAGGAUCUCUUCACAUGAGUUCAAGAAUCGGUUAGCAGCACCUAUUUUGAAAUUUUAUCACGUAGGAAAUUUCAGCCCACUUAGAGAGUUGAGUUUUUAACCCGAUCACUCUUAUACUGAAUACUCUUUAAAAGUUUCAAGGAACCUUUCGGCGAUACUCUGGCGAAAUCUACCAACUGCCGCGCGUUUAGUUCAUUCGAGACCGUGCCCGGCAGUGUGAUCAGAAGCGUAUAACUUCCGGCGUCGACAACCAAGCGAUAUUAAAGUAAGCUCAAGCCUAGCGAAUUUGUCAACUAAAAAAGCCAAAUUGAUUUUUGGAAUCGCUUGACAUUUCUAAACAAACGUCUGAUAUUCUUUAGAAGUUUGAAAGAACCUUUCGGUAGAAAUUCCGUGAACAUUUCUGGCUGCCGGGCAUUUUGCCUAUUUGAGACCGUACCCAGCUGCGAAAAAGUAAAUAUUUGUCAAAGGAUUAACUGCAUUCAUAGUGCUUUUGGUAAUUAAAAACAUUCUUCCAGCAAUCCUGAGGCAAAAUUAAAAAUUGAAGACAACAGUGGAUCUAUAUUCGCGUAUUCCGCUCCCCGUCUCGAAAAAAUUGGGGUUUGUCCUCCCACCCCAGCCUAUCCCCCCCUCCUAAUCUCCAUCAUACAAACACAUUACUUAGGGAGACAAUGGUGGGCAAAAUCGCGAGAAAAAAAGAAUAGAUGAUCGUAGUUUUCUUUUUUUUUAUUGAAAAAGGCACUGGAGUGCCAUUUUAAGUUACUCUCUUCCUUUUCUUGUUACAUUUUAGUAGUACCUCCCACCUCCAGGCAGCCGGAAACCCUUCGUCUGAAGCGUAGUAUUUCACAUCCGCCUCCUUUCAACAACUCAGCAAAGAUUAGAGAAAUGAUGGAAGACAUCAUUUCUUCUACAUGGAAGAUUUGCAGCAACAAAGGCAAUUUGAAUGUGUGUCCCCGUGGGCGGCCGGGACCUCCGGGGAGAGCUGGACCCAAAGGUGACAGGGGGAGGAAAGGAAGAAAAGGUGCUCAGGGAAUCAUGGGACCACCAGGAAGAAGUGGAAAACAAGGAAUCAUGGGGCCAACGGGAAUAAGGGGAGAAAAAGGAAUAAAAGGAGACAUCGGGCCACCGGGUAUCCCUGGUAUCCCAGGGACUAAAGGUGAACCAGGUGAAUCUAUUUCAAAGCCAAAAGUAACGAUUUCUCCACCGAAACUAACUGUCAACGAAUCCAACACAGCCUCGUUCUUAUGCUCCGUUUCGGGAAAUCCAGCGGCUCAAAUAUUCUGGUCAAAGGUUAAUGGAUCGUUACCUAGCAACAGGACUAAAGUGACGUCAAAUGGUCAGAUGCAAAUCGCUAGUGUUCGGAUGGAAGAGGCAGGAGAAUACAAAUGCUUAGCGCGAAAUAUUCUUGGAGAGGAUGAAAAAACUGCGAUUCUCGUCGUACAAAGUAGGUUUAAAUAUUAAGUACUUUUUGACUGAGUGGGAGGGCUGGACGAGAAAAUAUUUGGCUCGAGUCAUGCACAAGGCCUUACACAUGUCCGCUUUCACCAUGGUUUUCUGUGGGAUUGUGCGCGCGGGGCCGUAUGGGGCACAUGAUAAACCAUCUUAUAUAAUUGCUACGAGUCUAUAACUCCAAGAUCAAAUCUCGUUAUUCAGAUUUUUUCACCUUUUUUAACAAUUGAGGGACACAGAAUUCCUAGUCCUGACUGAUAACAGAGACACUUUUUCUGGUUCCGAGGAUGUCCCAUGAAAAUAGGAUUCCACCGUAAUACGCAAACCAAAGAAAAAUCUGAUUGUUGUUUUGACGACAAUUUGAGUCAAAGGAAUUUUUAGUUCUAAAGAUGAGCCUCGUCUUUGUAUGAGACCCAUGGAUGAAGGGUCUGUUAUUUUUAAUAUGUGUGAUGAUUUUCCUAAACAUCUAACGAAAAUUUCACUUUCCCCUAGCCCCGCGUAUUUUGAAAAAGGCAAGAACAUCACUUUACAAAAAUGUCACGUGACCAUCUUAUAUAAUUGCUACGACUCUAUAACUCGAAGAUCAAAUCUCGUUAUUCCGAUUUUUUCACCUUUUUUUUUACAAUUGAGGGACACGAAAUUCCUAGUCCUGACAGAUAAAAGAGACACUUUUUCUGGUUCCGAGGAUGUUCCGUGAAAAUAUGAUUCCACGGUGAUACGCUGACCAAAAAUAAAAGCUGAAUGUUGAUUUGAACGACAAUUUGAGUUGAAGGAAUUUUUAGCUCUAAGGAUGAGCCUCGUCUUUGGAUGCAAUGGCAGGUAUUUACAAUAUGCAUAAUGAUUUUUCUAAAUAUCCUACAGAUAAACCGAAGAUCUCACUCUCCCCUGGCCCCACUUAUUUUGAAAAAGGCAAGAACAUCACUUUGCCAAAAUGUCACGUGACCAGUUUUCCUCCAGCCAUUAUCACGUGGUCUAGAGUACGCGGUGAACUUGCAUAUUCCAGAACUGUUGUGAAAGACGGACAGCUGUCAAUUAUCAGUGCUCAAAAGAGAGAUUCUGGUUUUUACGAAUGCAAAGCGUCAAAUGAUUUGGGGGAAGACUCAGCUUUGACACUUCUCAGUGUUUUGGAGCUGCCACGAUUCACAUCAAAUCCUCCUGCUCAGCUCAAUGUUAGACAAAAACAAAAUAUUUCAGUCUCAUGUCAAGCUGCUGGUGACCCCAGACCAAAAAUCAUGUGGGUGAGAGAGAACAGCCAGCUGCCAGUUGGAAGAUCACAAGUCAGUGCGGAUGGAACACUUCAGAUAUGGAAUAUUAAAGAUGAAGACUCGGGCAGAUAUAUCUGUACAGCCACAUCAGCACAACUGUUCAAAACAUCUUCUUUAAUGCGACUGACUGUUGGGACAGGUAAAGAGUGGUUUGACUCGAUAAUUUUUCAUUGGAAGAGAUCUAUAUUUCUCCUCAUUAAGUAAAAUAAAUCUACAGAGCUGAAUGUGACAGACGACAGUGAUUGAAUAUUCAGGUAAGAUUUUAUUUCAAGUGGAAUUCAUAAUCAGAGGCAAGUGAAGGAAAGAAUUACAUGCAAAAAAUAAUGGAGACAUCAAUCAGCUGGAUUCACUAAGUUUUCCCCACUUGAUUGACGAAUACAAAAUCUAAACGAGGACAAAAUCAGAAGCAAAGCAAAACAAAUAAUUUUGAAAAUGAGUUAGGGACUGGUCGAACAGUACUGAUCUUUAACUCAAAUAUAAUUGAAACCACACCGCGUGGGUUACAAGCGACUGCUGCUCUGGCGAAAAAAAAGAUAACGGAGAAACAAAAGAAUAAAAAAUAAAAAUCAUUUCACGAAUAAGCGAAAAAGAUGAAGUUAUUGUUAAAAAUCGGUUUGAGCCUGGAAUGUCAUUCUGUUUACCUCCUAAUCAUACAAGCAGACCCCCAGGGGAUGGGACGAAAGAAGAGGUCAAGGAGGUUCGUUUGCUAAGUUAAAAUGAAAAUGGUGGCUUCCUUCAAAAUUGGGACAUCUGAAGAUAAGUCCCAAUAGUCUAGGAUACUAUAUUGGAAUAUCAAAAACUUGUCAAUAUUAGAAUGUAAUUUACAGUUUUUCAUGGGAAAGAUAAAAAUCGCCUAAUCUCUGGAACAUACUCUCAUCUGGUAACAAAAUCAGCCCUGUUUUUGAGCCAUUCCAAGCAUAUAGCCAGGGGGACUUCUUAAACUCGAUAUCAACAAGUCGUGUAUUUAUCGAUACCCAAUCAGUUGCAGCUAUAUCUCUACCUCUAAGUUCUCUAAUUACUGUAUUGAAAAUUUUAGUCCGGAUGCGAGGCCAUAAGAUGGAAUAAAAAAACAAGAAUGAUUGUGUCACCUGUCUUUACUUAGUGUGCAAGCCUAUUGGUGUGGCGGACAGGAACAGAAUACCAGACGCUAGAAUGACAGCGAGUAGUUUUCAUAAUGGUGACUAUCGUCCUUCCUACGGCCGACUCAAUGAAAGCAGUGGCCAUGGAGGGUGGUGCCCUAAAACUUUAUCUGACAGAACAGACUAUCUUCAAGUUGACAUGGGUGAAGUGCGUUUUCUUUGUGGUGUGGCUACACAAGGACUACAAGGGAGCUCUGCAUGGGCCACCAGCUACAAACUACAAUUAUCUACAGACGGUAUAACUUGGAACACUUACAAGGAAACGAAUAUUGAAAAGGUACGGAGAGAACUGUACGUAAUUGACGUUUUCAGGAAUUAGGAGUUUGAAGUCAAUGCAAAUUAUUAGUUAACAGACAUACACUUAGAUAGUGAAUUUGGACACUUAUCUUCAUUGGCUACUGCAGCAGAGAACAACGUCGGAGAUUGUAAGCUUUUGUAUAACGAGUCUGCAUGCACCACUAGCUAUAAACUACACCUGUCCACAGACGAUACAACUUGGAACACUUACAAGGAGACAAAUAUUGAAAAAAUGCGGAUGAAACUGCAACUUUUGUCUUUAGAAGUUAUGAAAGAGUUUGAAGUUAAUACAAAGUAAUGGUUCAUCCACUUAGUUGGUGGUUUUGGACACUUAUUUUCUUGGGCUUUUACAGCAGAGUUUCAAUUCGGCACUAUUCCCCCUAAAAUAUGUCCAUGUUCCUAAUAUUUGACAAUCAACAUCAGGAGAAGUGCUCAUUUUUACAGAUCUGACUGUAUACAUGAUAAUGUGUAUUAAAUAUGUACAUCUUUUGUUUCAUCAUCAAAAAGGUGAUGAACGAUGCAUGUAUAUUUCACAUCAAAGGAACAACAUCUUUUUUAGAGAAAGACGUUUUUUCGUCUUUUCACGAGCGUGGGACAAAGAAAAAAUUCUGACCAAAAAAAUUAUUUUUAUUUUCAGGUCUUCCAAGGAAAUUUAGACAGGGACAGCAUUGUAAAGCUUUCACUCAGUACUGACGUCAAGGCCAGAUACGUUCGGUUUUAUCCUGUAACGUUUUCCGGUUACCCUUGUAUGAGGGUUGAAAUAUUUGUGCUAAAUUGACCAAAAAAAACAUUCAUUAAUCUACCAGCACAUAUUGACACAAAACAGCCUCUAUGACACAAGGUAAAGAUCGUAAGGCCGUGCUAUUCAGACCAAAGAUAAUAAACCAAACAUAAACAAACGAAUAAGACAUUUUCAAAACAAAAAUAUUUUAGUAAUUUCUUAGCAAUUUUAUGAAUUGUAUAAGUGUAGUGAAAAGUGACGUGCGUAUGUUAAGUCUUGUACAGUAAUAUCGUCGAGAAAAAAAAAAAGAAAAUAUUUCCAAAACAAAAGGAAAAACAGCAACAAAAACAAGGAAUUCGCUGCUCCUUGAGCUGGAUGACCUGCUAAAAUAGGAAUGCAUACUGCAGUUUGGAAUUAAGCAAAGUUGGUGUUUUUAAUAAGGUUAGCAAUAAAGGUAAUUUUAGGUAGUUUUUUAAUUUUUUUUCAGUUGCUUUUGUUUUACACGUAAGUCAUUAUUGUAAAUAACACAAGUAUUGUGACAAAUGUUAGUUUGUAUGUAUAUUGUAGAUCAAAAACUGUUUUUAAAAAAUGCUUUUAGUUGGGAAGAACGGAAUUCACAAUUAUUCGAGUAUUUCAGAAAAGUUUUAAGAAGGCAAAUAUAGCAGCUUGAUCGUAUGAAUAAAGGUUUCCAAAAAUAAGAAGAUUAUUAGAUAGUUAAAAAUGGUUUCAAAGCCAA